AUGGGAGUGCCCAUCCAAGCAACAACUGCUGCGCGCACACACAGCAACAGCGGCAUGCCGGCCUCCCUUCCCCAUGGCCGCGGAGUAGGCAGUGGCGACCGGCAGUGCGAGAAGUCAGAGAUGGGGCGAGAGAAGGAAAACCAGGCGUCUCGCCGAUUGAUUGGGACGGAGCAACGAAUCGAUAUACAGGGGAAGCGGGAAGAUGGUCAAAAACUUGCUGUAAAGAUUCUUCACGACAUGUCAGGACAUGACGAUGUGCAAUUUGAUAAGGAAUUUUACAAUCUUGCAAAUCUGCAACACCAGAACAUCGUGCAGUUAGUUGGUUAUUGCCAUGAAACAAGACGUGAAUAUUUGCCGUACAACAACAGUAAGGUUCUUGCUGAUGUGACAAAGAGGGCGCUUUGCUUUGAGUUUAUGGAAAAUGGAAGCCUUAGCGACUCUCUUUUUGACGAAUUUAAUGGACAUGGUUGGCGCACGCGCUACGCUAUAAUCAAGGGUAUUUGCAAUGGUUUGAAGUACCUUCACGAGGAACUGAAGCCUCCUAUUUUUCAUUUUGAUCUAAAACCAGCCAACAUAUUGCUGGAUAAGAACAUGAUCCCGAAAAUUGCUGAUUUCGGACUGUCCAGAUUCUUCAAGGAAGAAAAAUCUCAUAGCACUAAUAGUCCUAUAGGAACACUUGGGUACUUACCACCGGAGUUUAUACAUCAUCGAAUAAUCUCAAAUAAACUGGAUAUAUUCAGCCUGGGAGUUGUAGUUAUAAAGAUAAUUGCAGGUCCUACAGGCCACUGCAGAAGUGCUGAAAUGACCUCUGAGCAAUUCACUGAGAUUGUGCAUGGGAAUUGGAGGAAUAGGCUACAAUCAGCAGCGUCCGGGUAUUUGUUGGAGUCGUAUUCUGAACAAGUAAAUAUAUGCAUGGAAAUUGCUUUAAGCUGUUUGGAGACCGAUCGGCAGAAAAGGCCAACUAUAGGGGAUAUUGUUAAUAUGCUAACUGAGACAGAGACACAAGAAAACUAUCAUGGGGCAUUAGUUGACCAGAUCAGCACUUGCGUGGUCAAGGACUCUGAGAUGAUAGAUGUCCAUCCCCUCCAGAUCCACUUCUGUUUUGGGCCGAAUAAGAUUAUGUCCUGCCCAUUUCAUGUAACUAAUAACAUGGAUGAUCAGCAUGUGUCCGUGAGGUGUGUCGCAAAACUCCCGGAGGCAGGCCGUUAUCUGAGAGAUGUAUCCGGUGUUGUGCCACCAAGGUCCACACACACCUUCUUUGUAUCGAUGAAACAAGUAGAGCAGCCGCCGACCAACAUGAGCGUGCUUGACAUGGUCGUAGAGACUAUCCUAGGGGAAGUACUGUCGUCGGAUGGUUCGUUUGAGAGGUAUUUUAAGGAUGCUAGAAAAGAAAACAGCCGUGGAUUUCGUGAGGUUACCCUAAAUGCCAUCUGUGCAACAACGUGUGAGAAGACAUCUGAGGUCAUACUCCGUGAGGGUGAUUACGCUGCACUAAGCUCAAUGGAUGUGCACCCUACAGAGCCUUGGAUUUUGGCAGGCCAUAACAGACGACUUGACAUUUGGAACUACAAGACCCAGACAAGAAUGAUGGAGCGUGAAUUCUACCCUGGGUGGGCUCAUGCCAUCAGAAUGUUUGUCUCCUCUAGGGUGUUUGUUAACACCGUUAGGUUUAUCAUGAAGUCGACGGAGCAAUUGUUCGUGGUGGGUGAUACGGACGGGUACAUCCACGUGCAUGACUGUAUGACAAUGAAGAGAGUCAAGGAAUUCAAAGCUCACCAUGGUUGGGUCACAUCAUUGGCCGUUCACCCGACUCAACCAUUUGUGCUGUCAGCAUCUUCCGACAAACUAAUCAAGCUUUGGAACUGGGAGAAGGGGUGGGAGUGCAUCCGGACAUUCACUGGGCACUUGCACUGGGUGAACCAAGUCAAGUUUAAUCCGCAUGACGCCAACACUUUUGCCAGUGCUUCCUAUGACGGCACAGUGAAGAUCUGGAGAAUUUUAUCCCCCACUCAUUUCUCCAGCCUCAACUGCGAAAGGGUACAGGCCUGUGUUGAUUACUAUCCCACGUGUGUUGAUCAGCAGCACUACAUUGUUACAGGAUCGGCAUGGUCUUCGAGCUCAACAACUGGGACGGCACGCAUCUGGGAUUUGCGAACACAGACAUGUAUCAGUGAAAUCAAGGGGCUCCAAGAUCCCUGUAGUGUUGGUGUGAUCGAUUGCCACCCAGAUCGUCCAGCAGUGUUGGUUACCGCGUCAAAGAGCUAUUGUGUUUCUCUCCACGACUCCACAACCUACAGGUGUGAAAGAACGGUUAAUUUCGGUCUCAGCGAGGUUGUCUGUUUUGCAAACAUCAAGGCCACAAGAAGCCUCGCCAUUGGACAUAAGUACGGAGUUGCCAUCGUGGAAAUCGAUAGAUUCUUUAAGGAAGUCCCGCCUCCUACAAGGUAA